UGUACGCAGUGAGUAGUCAAGGAUACAAGUCCAACUGCAGCACCAUAGACACCGGCUGCGAUAUCAGUGAUCUCCGCUGUGGUCAGGACUACAACAUCACAGUUGUUGCAGAGCAUGGUGGUUGCAGGUCUCAGCCCAGCCAACCUUUCACCGUGUCAACAGGGGCAUGUCCUCACUCAAGUCCUCGUGUCUUAUUGGACUGCAGCAGUAACUCUGCUCUUGUUUCAUGGAUGCCGGGUUAUCGCAUUCUAUAUUACAAUGUCUCUGCUAAUGCUUCGGCUGUGGUUGACCAUGUGACUUGCAGCACAACGGGAGUUUCCUGUAAUGUGACUAACUUGCAAUGCGCACAGACUUACCAGAUUAGCGUCAGUGGUCAAGGGUACACCUGCUCUAGCCCUGCCAAGGAUUGGGUGUCCAUUACCUCAGGCCCAUGUCCCCCAAAUCAGGUGUCUGUCCAGAUUCCUUGCGAGUCAAAAGUUAUGUCCGUCUCCUGGCAGAUCUCUCCUGGUUCCGUCUCUUACCUGGCUGUUGCUCAGAGCAGUGGGGGACAAAGAUUCAAUUGCAGCAGCAACUGGACAACAUGUGACAUUCCUGGACUCCAGUGUGGACAGACAUAUGAGGUUUAUGUGUCAGGAGUGGUUGGAACGUGUAUAGGACCAAAGAGCCAGAGCCAGAUUGUCAAAACCGCUCCCUGCGUGCCUCAGAACAUCCAGGUGAUAUUGGCGUGUCAAUCAACGGUGCUUAACGUUACCUGGCAGCAGAGCGGUGAAGCCACACUCUACAGAGCCGUGGUGCAGACCAGUGCUGGUCAAGCAAUGUUUCCUGUUACAGACAAGCCUUUCUUUACAGUUCCCAACAUUCUCUGCGGCCUGACGUACAACGUGUCGGUGGUGGCCCAGAACGAUAAGUGCAACAGCAGCCGCAGUUCUGUACAAAGUGCCAUCUCAGCCCCAUGUCCUCCUCAGGCCAUCAGUGCAAAUAUAAGCUGCACAUCCAACAUUAUCUCAGUGAACUGGUCCUCCAGCAUGGCCGGUGUCAGCUACAUGGCACAGGCCGUUUCUUCCAAUGGCUAUUACAUGUGCAACACCACAAACACGUUCUGCAGCAUCAGUGUGCCAUGUGGCAGAACCUACAACAUUUCUGUUAUACCGAGUCAAAACGGCUGCAAUGGUGUCAGUUCGCCUUAUAAAAUUAUCCAAGCAGCACCAUGUGUCCCAACCUUGAAGAGCGUGGAGAUGGACUGCCUGUCCAACUCAGCCUGGGUGUUGUGGAACACAUCUGCGGGGGCAGAGUCUUACACUGCUGUGGCAAAGGACAGUGAUGGACGCCAGUAUCAGUGCAACUCUAGUGGCAGCAUGUGUCCCAUCCCUGGGUUACAAUGUGGGAGGAAUUACAGUUUCAGCCUCACAGCCAACAAUGCACAGUGCAGCAGUGGAGUCAGCAACACCAUGCAGUCCGAGACAGUACCAUGUGCUCCUGAGGGUGUGAACGUGUCGGUAGUUUGUAACACUGGGACAGUAAGUGUGCAGUGGUUGCGCAGUGUUGGAGCUCUCGCAUACACAGCCACGCUUGAGCUGCCCGGGGGCAUGGCUCCCUGCUGCACUACUCUUAAUGGUAGCACUUCCUGUAAUGUAACAUCCCUUCCCUGUGGUCAGUCGUACAUGGUGACUGUCACUGCAGCAGGACGAACCUGUAAUAGCUCGCAGAGCAAGGCCAUAACGGUACAGACAGCACCGUGCCAGCCACCACGCCCCAAUGCCACUGUGAGCUGCACUGAUAACGUGGCGAGUGUGAGGUGGAUGAACAGCGCGGGCGGUCAGCUCUAUACAGUAAAUGCAGUAGGCAUGAAUGGAACUUUCAUAGACAGCUGCAAUGGCUUUGACGGAUCUUGCGACCUCAGAGGCCUAGUGUGUGGCCUGCAGUACAUGGCCACUGUGGUGGCGCAACACAGCUCCUGCCUUAGCCUGCCGAGUCCUCCAACACUCAUCAAGACAGUACCGUGUGUUCCUCAAAACGUCAUGCUGAAUUUGGAUUGCAAUGCCCGCAACUUGACCGUGUCCUGGAACAAGAGCUUGGGGGCACAAUUUUACACAGCAACGGUCAUGGACAGCUCUCGGCACUCCACUAACUGCCAGACCCUUUCUGACCGCUGCACCAUUAGUGGCCUGGCAUGUGGAAAUAUCUACCAUGCAAGCGUGGUCGCCUCUGACACGUACUGCAGCAGCCAGCCCAGCAACAUCCAAGACACAGAAUCAGUUCCAUGUGCUCCCAGUAAUCUCCGGGCUCAGAUGGACAUUCUGACCGGCACGGCCGUGCUCUCGUGGUAUUUAAGUGCCGGUGCAUUGAGGUACAAGGCCUUGGCGGUGAGCAGCAUUUCAGUAACCAAUGUCUCCUGUGACACUAAUCAGACGAACUGCAACCUGAUCAAUCUGUUGUGUGGAGACAAGUACAAUGUCACGGUGCAGGCUAAGGGAAGCGUCUGCAAUAGCUCCGCCUCCAUGGGUCAAUACCUUCAGACAGGGCCAUGUGUUCCGGUGCUGGUGAGUGUGAGCUACCUGCCACCUGUUGCUCUGCUCAUGUGGGAAAUGACCCGAGGCGCUGACAGCUAUAUCGCUCGGGCCGUGUCACAGCAGGGCUUCCAGAAAUCCUGCUCGACCCGUGACACCUCGUGUGCACUCUACAAUCUCAACUGCAGCCAGAUCUACAACAUCUCUCUGACAGCCUACAGCGACCUCUACCAGGAUGGUGUCAAGUCCAACUCUCUUACACUAAACACAGAGCCCUGUCCUCCUGUCAUCCUGUCAACCCGAUUGAUGAGUGACCACAGUGAGGUGACAUGGGAGUCGAGUUUCGGGGCUGUGGGAUACAUGGUCGUGCUCGAGGGACAGCAGGGGGACACCCUUUACUGCCAGACCACCAAGACCUCAUGCAGCGUGCCAGGAUUGCUGUGUGGGACGGUUUACGUCACCCAUGUCAUAGCCAUCGGCACCAGCCUCAACAGCUCGAGGAGUGAAGGGGCUCUGCUCACUACAGUCCCCUGCCUGCCGGACCCAAGCAGUUUUGCAGUAGCAGUGCAGUGUGCAAAUGAUUCAGCACCCGUCAGCUGGGCCUUGAGUACAGGAGCAACGUCCUAUGAACUCACUGCUACUAGCAACAGUUCGGACCAAUUAAAAUGUGUCACAGUGCAGAACAGCUGUAAUAUUACGUACCUGAAGUGUGGGCAGACGUACAGUCUCAGCCUGACAGCCUUCAGCAGUGCGGGUUCUGCUAGCCUGGAAACCAACAUCACCUUCCAAAGCCGACCCUGCGUGCCCCGUUAUGUGGCAGCGAACCUGCAGUGUGGCACUCGUACGGCCGUGCUGACCUGGGAAAAGAGACCGGGAGUCCUGUACUACUUGGGUAGCGCCACUUUCACACCUGGAGUAGCCGCUGUAGUGUGUAACUCGAGUGCAGACAGCUGCAGCUUCAGUGGGCUGCAGUGCGGAGUGCAGUACUCCCUGCGGGUUAGAGCUUACACCAGACAGUGCUGGAGUGAUUUCAGCGCACCUGUCAACAUCACUACAGCAUGGCUUAAGUCCAUCAAGGGGAUUUAA